CUUCUUUCACCUUGACCACCACCCACGUUGACCAGUCGCCUCCAUUUUUAUCGUGAAAGCCAUCUCAUCCUUUUCUUUCAGAACAAUGGCAUACUGCGACCGCUGCGAGCGUUACUUCAACAGCAUGAAGGCUCUCCGCCAGCAUGAAAGCAACUCCUCCAGCCAUAACAUCUGUGACGACUGCGAUAUUGAUUUCUCCACUUGGUUGGGCCUCAAAGAGCAUUACGUCCAGAGCCCGAACCAUGCCUAUUGCCAGUACUGCGACCGCCAUUUCACAUACAACUGGCAGCUCACAGAGCACUACGACGAUGACCAUUACUAUUGUGGGAAAUGCAACAAAGUGUUCAAGAACGACAAUGGGUUGCACGAGCAUCGCAGGCAAUCGCCGAAUCAUCACUACUGCACUUCCUGCAGGCGUGAUUUCCAAAGCCAGAGUAACCUCAAUUCGCACCUCAGGUCUUCCAUCCACGUGCCCAAAGCAUUCAAAUGUCCCGGCGCCAGGUGCGGCGAGGCCUUUAUCUCGCGCUCGGCCCUUGUCCUUCAUCUCGAAUCCGGUGGUUGCGUCUCGGGUGCCAACCGCGCCGCUGUCAACCAUUACGUGCGCCAGUACGACAGACAGAACAUCAUCACCGACCCCUCGCGCAUGCUUACGGGUCCCGGCGGUGCGCCGCGUGACGAUGUCAUCUACUCCGCCAACGACAACGCGUGGAACGGAUAUGCGUACGAGUGCUAUUUGUGCCACCAGACGGCUCAGACGUUGUACUCACUGAACCAGCACCUGGCUAGCCCCAAGCAUCUGGCAAAGAUGUAUUUCUGUCCUUUGGAGUCGUGCAGAAUUAAGUUCACGACAUUGAGCGCGUUACUGCAGCACAUUGAGAGCGAGAAGUGUGGGGUAUCGAAAUUCAAAGUCGUACAGAACACAUUGAACGGGUUGAUGAAGAUGAAGAUGCUAACGCGCUGAAGCGACAGCAUCCACCCACUCCUUUCUCAACAGCGAACAGCAUCUAGUCCAGUGGCCUUCGACCAAUAGCUCCAUCUCUCAAGAAUACCAUUACAUUCACACUCGUUAUACUUGUCAGGAGUUGUACAGUUGAAA